AUGCCUGGUGUGGUUGCUCUGACCUUCGAUGAUGGCCCAGGUCCUUACAACGACCAACUCCUGAAGCUCUUGGCCGAAAAAGGCGUCAAGGCAACCUUCUAUGUCAUUGGAUCCAUGGUUGCAGAGAACCCUCAACAGGCUGGUGCUCUUAAGAAGAUCCUUGAUGGUGGCCACAUGUUGGCCUCUCAUUCAUACAGUCACAGCAACAUGGAUACCAUGAACGAGGAGCAGCUGAAGAAAGAAAUCCAAAUGACCUCCGAUAUCAUGUUCCAAAACGCUGGUGUCCGCCCUGCUUACAUGCGUCCCCCUGAGGGUCGCUGUGGCGAACUCUGCACCAAAGUCAUGGAGUCAAUGGGUUUGGUCAUCUCCCACUGGAACGUUGACACCAACGACUGGCGCUUCAAGGCACUGGCUCCUGAAACCGCUGCUGUGAAGUCAAUGACCGAGAUCAACUCAGUCAUCCUCCCAGGCAACCCUGCUACUGACUCUUUCAUCUUGCUUGAACACGAGAUCCAUAAGUUCUCUGUCGAUCUCUUGGCCGGGCGCCUUAUUGAUGCCAUUCUCGCCAAGGGUUACAAGUUUGUCACUAUGGAUGUAUGCGUUGGUAAGCCUGCCUACCUUCCUGGCUCCACUAUCCCUUCUGCUGCCUCCAACCCUAUUAAUGGUACCUCUGGUGCUGUUCCCCCCGCCGUCACUUCUGGUGCUGUCCCCUCUGUUGAGGCAACCGCUGAUGUCACUGCCAAGGCCGCUACUGGAGGCAACAGUAACACGCAGGAUAAUUCUGCUGGCUUUGUCCAGGUCGGCGCUUGGGCUAUGGGCUUGACCGCUGUUCUUGGUUAUGCUUUUUUCUAA